GUGAGUUUCUCACUGUUUUACCUCACUCACUCAUCUGAGCCGUCGCUUUUUCUCAAGCACUUGUAACCCAACUAUACGCAAGACUUACAAUGGCCUUUUCCGGCAAGUACGAGACUGAGUCCCAGGAGGGAUACGAUGCCUUCUGCAAGCUCUUGGGUAUUCCCGAUGACGUCAUUGAGAAAGGUCGGGAUUACAAACUGGUGACUGAGGUGGUGCAGAGUGGUAAUGACUUCAGCUGGACCCAGCACUACCCUAACAACCACAAGGUCACCAACAAGUUUGUCAUCGGCAAGGAGUGUGACAUGGAAACUAUUGGUGGAAAGAAGUUCAAGGCCACAGUUAACAUGGAUGGGGGCAAACUGACUACGCAGUUUCCCAACUACUCUCACGUAACUGAGAUCAGUGGCGGAAAGCUGGUAGAGAUCUCAACAGCAGGCACUGUUGUACUGAAGAGAGUCAGCAAGAAGCUUUAAUUCACAUUACAGUGCCACUGUUAUGCUGUACACAACUGCUAACCUCAAACUUGAACUAUGAAAUAAAAUGCAACAUAACUUAA